AUGUACCCCAAACCCUACUCUCAAGUCCCCUGUGUUAGCUCCCUAGAACCUGAUUGCACCAGUCCUGUGUCGCCACGUGGGCUCAGUUUUCCAAGCUUUGGUUGUCAAAGGAAGUCGCGAGACUUCCCUACCCUGCGUAACCUUUUUGAUGACUGGAAGCUUUUAUCUUUGCCGCGGCCCGAAUCAGAAGAAGGGAAGGAUGGGUGGCCGCAAGUGGAUGCCAAAGAAGCCACAAGCAAAGCAGGAGCCUGA